CAAUCGUAGAUAUUCUUCAAAUUCAUUUACCGUAUCAAGUGGUGACUAACCUCAAAAUUUUCACAUCUGUCAAAAUUCUACCGAAAUGUCAUAAAAAUACCAAAUAAAGCAAUGAUAAACAAUGUCGCAGUCCAUAUCGUGAAACUGUGAUCAAAGUUUGAAUAUUUUUUGUCAUUUUGUCAACUAAAUUUUGUAAUUAUUUACAUUUUUCAAAAUAUUCGAUCAACAGAUUUCAAACUAUGUGAAUUUUUUCAUUGAGCCGGACCCAAUUAUUAAAUUAAUUCGAAGGAUUGUAGAAAUGUGCUUUUAAUGUGCAGACGUAAAUAAUAAUAUAUUUAUAAAAGAAAUCAGCAGGACAAAAGAAUCAAACAAAUGCUUUCUCUUACUCAACGCCUUACUUUUGGUGUUCUACAGAAAAAUUAUGAUUUUCAUAACAGAAAUGGUGCACGUGUUCUCGUCCAAUACUAUCGGUCAGCAACUAAUGUUAAACUCACACCACACGACGUCAAUAGAAUUCUAUACGAGAAGGAAUUUACAACAGAUUUUAAUGAUUCCCCGAUAAAAUGUUAUGAUUCAAAUCAAGUGGCAUCCAACAAUCCGCUUGAGGAUCGAAGAAGCGAAGCUUCCUGCUUAUUUACAAAUGGUUCUCUAUUCGGUGUAUUCGAUGGCCAUGCUGGUCCGUCAUGUGCGCAAAUAAUUUGCAAAAGAUUAAUGCGUUACAUUGCAACUAGUUUGGUUCCGCCAGACUCGUUACGAAAAAUAUUGAGUAAAGGGGCAAAAAGUAAUUCAUUUUUGCAAUGCCAUAAUGAUAAGGUUGACUUUGUUCCUGAAAUUGAUGCGAUAUUUGAAAAGAGUUUUGCACAAUAUGCGCAAAGUUUGUGCUAUGAAGAUUCGAACAAUUUUCAAAUAAGUGCUGCACUUCAAAACGCUUUUCUCCAGCUUGAUAAAGAUAUUGCAUCAGAAGCACUGGAACACCAAACACCACGAACGUUAUCGGUUGCAAUGUCUGGAGCGGUUGCUUGUGUUGUUUAUAUUGACGGAUUGGAUAUGCAUAUUGCAAACACUGGUGAUUGUAUGGCCGUUCUGGGCUCGAUAAAUGAAGCUGGUGAAUGGGAAACAAAGCGCUUAUCUAACGAACAUAAUUCGGAUAAUUUGGCCGAAGUGAGACGAAUCACAGGGGACCAUCCACUCAGCGAACGCGAUACAAUAAUACGUGGUGAGCGAUUGUUAGGGGAAUUGGCUCCACUACGAGCGUUUGGUGAUUUUCGAUACAAAUGGCCCGUGGAAAUUCUAAAAAAACAUGCUGUACCCUAUUACGGUGAUCAUGUAAUACCGCCCAAUUAUUUAACACCGCCUUAUUUAACUGCUGAACCGGAAAUAAGUUACCAUUUAAUAACACCACGCGAUCGAUUUUUAAUUAUUGCAACGGAUGGCAUAUGGGAUUUUAUGUCACCAACACAGGCCGUCAAAUUGGUCGGUGAGCAUAUGAUUGGAAAAAUAUUUUUGCAACCAUUUUUCCCAAAACGGAAUCUCAAGCUUAGCGAAAUUGCCCAAAUGCUUUCACAAAGAAAAGCUGGAAUGAAAACAAAGCCGGCUGACAAAAAUGGUGCUACACACUUAAUUCGAAAUGCGCUCGGUGGAACCGAUUAUGGUAUUGAACAUUCAAAACUUUCGCAUAUGUUAUCCUUGCCAUCGGAUGUGGUCAGACUGUUCAGAGAUGAUAUGACUGUUACAGUGAUAUACUUCAAUCAGGAUUAUGUUCGAAAUGCCAGGCCAUAGAACAUUUUUAGUUUUACUUAUUAAGUGCAAUGUAAUUCGCUUAAAGGACUGAAUUAACUUACAUUAUGUUGUUUACAAGCCGUCAGCAUAUUUCAUGCCAUUGGAUGUGGCCGAAUCAGAGCGAUAUGAUUUAAUAAAAUCAAUUUAUGUAUUGAAUGUUGAUUAAAAUAUAUUUGAAUUUUGUCUUA